CCAAUUUCUCAUCGGCUGAUCAAUUCAAGUGAAUCAUCUGAGCUAAGUGAACUCUAUGGCCGAUUGGUUCAUCGGAUUUUGCGGCUUCUCCUCCAUGCCUCCUAUGUGCAUUCACGUCUUUCCGAUUCCAGAAGUUCUACUGCUCUUAAAGACUCAGUCACACUGAAUGUUAUCCGAGGACUUCGAGAUGCAAUUUCUGGCUUGCAAGCCUCCCUAAUGCAGGUGAGUAUGGUUUUCGUAAUGACUUCGCUGUCUCAGGUCAGUCAACUCUUUCUUCACUGGCACACUGCGGCUCCACAGUGGGAUUAA